UCCCUCAAGGAGCAGAUCCUGGGUAGAAUGGAGGAACACAUGGAGGCAGGCUCCAGACUGGGGCUGGGGGACCAGCGGGCUCUCAUCGACAAUCCUGCUGACAUCGCGGUCAUUGCUGCUUAUUUCCUGCUGGUCAUUGGUGUCGGCUUGUGGUCCAUGUGCAGAACCAACAGAGGCACCGUGGGUGGCUACUUCCUGGCAGGACGAAGCAUGGUGUGGUGGCCGGUUGGAGCCUCUCUCUUUGCUAGCAAUAUCGGCAGUGGCCACUUUGUGGGCCUGGCAGGGACCGGUGCUGCAAACGGCUUGGCUGUGGCUGGAUUUGAGUGGAAUGCGCUGUUCGUGGUGCUGCUCCUGGGUUGGCUGUUCGCGCCGGUGUACCUGACCGCAGGCGUCAUUACGAUGCCGCAGUACCUGCGCAAGCGCUUCGGCGGCCAUCGGAUCCGCCUCUACUUGUCCGUGCUCUCGCUUUUUCUGUACAUCUUCACCAAGAUCUCGGUGGACAUGUUCUCCGGGGCGGUGUUUAUUCAGCAGGCUCUAGGCUGGAAUAUUUACGCUUCGGUCAUCGCGCUCCUGGGCAUCACCAUGGUUUACACCGUGACAGGAGGGCUGGCAGCGCUGAUGUACACAGACACAGUGCAGACCUUUGUCAUCAUCGCGGGGGCCUUCAUCCUCACCGGUUACGCCUUCCACGAGGUGGGCGGGUAUUCCGGGCUCUUCGACAAAUACAUGGGAGCGAUGACUUCGCUGACGGUGUCCGAGGACCCGGCUGUGGGCAACAUCUCCAGCUCCUGCUACCGACCCCGGCCUGACUCCUAUCAUCUGCUCCGGGACCCUGUGACGGGGGACCUACCAUGGCCCGCGCUGCUCCUGGGGCUCACCAUCGUCUCGGGCUGGUACUGGUGCAGUGACCAGGUCAUAGUGCAGCGCUGCCUGGCCGGGAGGAACCUGACCCACAUCAAGGCAGGCUGCAUCUUGUGUGGCUACCUGAAGCUGACGCCCAUGUUCCUCAUGGUCAUGCCAGGCAUGAUCAGCCGCAUCCUUUACCCUGACGAGGUGGCGUGCGUGGCGCCUGAGGUGUGUAAGCGCGUGUGUGGCACGGAAGUGGGCUGCUCCAACAUCGCCUAUCCGCGGCUCGUUGUGAAGCUCAUGCCCAACGGUCUGCGCGGACUCAUGCUGGCGGUCAUGUUGGCCGCGCUCAUGUCUUCGCUGGCCUCCAUCUUCAACAGCAGCAGCACUCUCUUCACCAUGGACAUCUACACGCGCCUGCGGCCCCGCGCCGGCGAAGGCGAGCUGCUGCUAGUAGGACGGCUCUGGGUGGUGUUCAUCGUGGCGGUGUCGGUGGCCUGGCUACCUGUGGUGCAGGCGGCGCAGGGCGGGCAGCUCUUCGAUUACAUCCAGUCCGUUUCCAGCUACUUGGCCCCGCCUGUGUCUGCAGUCUUCGUGCUGGCGCUCUUCGUGCCGCGCGUUAAUGAGAAGGGCGCCUUCUGGGGACUGAUAGGGGGCCUGCUAAUGGGCCUGGCACGCCUUAUUCCCGAGUUCUCCUUCGGCACGGGCAGCUGCGUGCGACCCUCUGCUUGCCCGGCGUUCCUGUGUCGGGUGCACUACCUCUACUUCGCCAUUGUGCUCUUCUUCUGCUCUGGCCUCCUCAUCAUCAUCGUCUCCUUGUGCACUGCACCCAUCCCACGCAAGCACCUCCACCGCCUGGUUUUCAGUCUCCGGCACAGCAAGGAGGAACGGGAAGACCUGGAUGCUGACGAGCUGGAAGCCCCGGCCUCUCCCCCUGUCCAGAACGGGCGCCCAGAGCACGCAGUGGAGAUGGAAGGUAUGGGACUGAUCAGGGAGGGGGUGCUGAGGAGGGGGAGCUGGGGCAAGCUCCCUCAAACUCACUGUCAGGCCUCAAUUUCCCUCAGAGCCCCAGGCCCCGGGCCCAGGCCUGUUCCGCCAGUGCUUGCUGUGGUUCUGUGGAAUGAACAGGGGCAGGGCAGGUGGCCCCGCACCCCCUACCCAGGAGGAGGAGGCUGCAGCGGCCAGGCGGCUGGAGGACAUCAACGAGGACCCGCGCUGGUCCCGGGUGGUCAACCUCAAUGCCCUGCUCAUGAUGGCCGUGGCCAUGUUUUUCUGGGGCUUUUAUGCCUAGGGCCGACUGUGUUGGGCAUCACGAGCCACAGGUCAGGACAGGGCUGGCCGCACAAUGAGCAGGGAUCAGGAGCCUGCAGCGGUCCCCGGAAAGGGGGAAGGGGCAGGAGUGGUAUGGGAAGGCCCAGUCCAUUUGAUUGGCAGUCACUUCCACGAGGCCUCAGCCAAGCUGCCCUAACGGUUUCCCUCAGCAAAAAUAAAGCAGCCGUUCCCACAAGUUGCCGUGGCCAGUGUCCUUGUCCGGGCUGCUCAUGA